AAGUUAUCAUUAUUGAUCUUGACUAAUAUUGUUAGCAACUUCAUGUAGAAUGUGCUGAAAAAUUGGCUGAUUGAAAUAGUUAGAAAAGUUUUUGAAGUAGGAACUUUUUUUUUCAAAUCUAGACAAGAAAUAAUGUCCAAGCCUGGCCCCCAAAAUUAUGGAAUCCCACCUCCAGCUUAUUCAGAAACAGAAAAUUUACAAGAACCUUUACCAACCGAGCCACCAGUAGUCUUUGGGCCUGACCCAAUGAAUCUUAUUUGUAUUGCUUGUGGAAACAGGACUAUUACUGAUGUUAGGACUACGCCAAAUAAUAGAACCCAUAUGAUUGCUAUGCUUCUUUGUAUUAUCGGAGGGCUUCUUUGUGCCUGGAUUCCUUACUGUUACAAACCUUGUAUGACCAGCAGACAUUAUUGUUCAAUAUGUAAUGCUUACUUAGGUCAAUAUUCUGAUUAGAGAUCCCUGAACAUCACUGUUAUUGUACAUUUCCGUAUAGCUUAUUUUGGUUGAAUAUACGCUAAAUAAAAUAUGAAUUGGCAUGAGAAAUUCAAAUUUCAAUUUUAUGUAAAAUACACGCAACACAUUUAUGUUUA